AUGGCGGAAGCCCUGAUCUCGCCGUACGUUGAGGGGCUCACCUUUUGGGGGUUCACUGACAAGUUCUCGUGGAUCCACGGCUGGUUUGGAGAGGACGACCCGUUGCUGUUCGACCGCGAGUAUGGCCUCAAGCCAGCGUACCAUGGGUGCUGCGACGGGGUGGUGGACGCGCUGCGGACCUAUCCGUGCCUACCCACGUGCAUGAGAAGGGCAUCUCGAGGACGAUUCGAGGAUGCGAGCUCCAACUUCAAUUGUAGCGGCUCCGUCAUCACCACUAGCACCGGCUGGAACAACGGCGGACUCUGCAGGGGCUGCUCGAGGUGCAUUGCCGAACGAAAAGAGACGUGGGAGAUGGAGGAUUGCUUUGGCAACAGCGCGAGGUGUACCACGUGGAGGGCGCAGCAAGACGAAGGCGAGAACCCAUGCUGA